GCCACGACAGCCGGGACUGCCUCCUCCUGCACGCGGGCCCGGCGGACGACGGCUGCUGCCCCGGCCCCCGGGGCACCGACAACAGACUAACUCACCGGCGGCAGACAGUUCUUCGUGAGAAGGGGAGAAGAUUAGCUACGCGAGGCCCAGCAUACAUGUUUAAUGACCACUCAACCAGCCUGUCUAUCGAGGAGGAGCGCUUCCUAGAUGCUGCAGAGUAUGGCAACAUCCCAGUGGUGCGGAAAAUGUUAGAAGAGUGCCUCUCCCUCAACGUGAACUGUGUGGAUUACAUGGGCCAGAAUGCCCUGCAGCUGGCGGUGGCCAACGAGCACCUGGAAAUUACGGAGCUGCUUCUCAAGAAAGAAAACCUUUCUCGGGUUGGGGAUGCUUUGCUUCUAGCAAUUAGCAAAGGUUAUGUCCGGAUUGUGGAAGCAAUUCUUAGUCAUCCGGCUUUUGCUGAAGGUAAAAGGUUGGCCACAAGCCCUAGCCAGUCUGAACUCCAGCACGAUGAUUUUUAUGCCUAUGAUGAGGAUGGGACCCGGUUCUCCCAUGAUGUGACUCCAAUCAUUCUGGCUGCCCACUGCCAAGAAUAUGAAAUUGUUCACACUCUCCUACGGAAGGGGGCACGGAUUGAACGGCCUCAUGAUUACUUCUGCAAGUGCAGUGAAUGUGGCCAGAAACAGAAGCACGACUCCUUUAGCCACUCUAGGUCUAGGAUUAAUGCCUACAAGGGCCUGGCAAGUCCAGCUUACCUCUCCUUGUCUAGUGAAGAUCCAGUCAUGACAGCGUUAGAACUUAGCAAUGAGCUGGCGGUGCUGGCCAACAUUGAGAAAGAGUUCAAGAAUGACUACAGAAAGCUGUCGAUGCAGUGCAAAGAUUUUGUGGUUGGACUCCUUGACCUGUGUCGAAACACCGAGGAGGUCGAGGCCAUUCUGAACGGGGAUGUGGAGACGCGCCAGCCGGGGGACCAGGGCCGCCCGAACCUCAGCCGCUUAAAGCUGGCCAUUAAAUACGAAGUGAAGAAGUUUGUGGCCCACCCCAACUGCCAGCAGCAGCUGCUCUCCAUCUGGUACGAGAACCUUUCUGGUUUACGGCAGCAGACGAUGGCGGUCAAGUUCCUCGUGGUCCUUGGGGUGGCCCUUGGGCUGCCCUUCCUGGCUUUGAUUUACUGGUGUGCCCCCUGCAGCAAGAUGGGGAAGAUAAUGCGCGGACCGUUUAUGAAGUUUGUGGCACAUGCAGCCUCCUUCACCAUUUUUCUGGGACUUCUAGUCAUGAAUGCAGCCGACAGAUUCGAAGGCACUAAACUCCUGCCUAACGAAACCAGCACAGAUAAUGCCAAGCAGCUGUUCAGGAUGAAGACAUCCUGCUUCUCGUGGAUGGAGAUGCUCAUUAUAUCCUGGGUGAUAGGCAUGAUAUGGGCUGAAUGUAAGGAAAUUUGGACUCAAGGCCCUAAGGAAUACCUAUUUGAGCUGUGGAAUAUGCUGGAUUUUGGCAUGUUAGCAAUCUUCGCUGCAUCAUUCAUUGCAAGAUUCAUGGCUUUUUGGCACGCGUCCAAAGCUCAGAGCAUUAUUGACGCAAAUGUUACUCUGAAAGACCUGACAAAGGUCACGCUGGGCGACGACGUGAAGUACUACAAUUUGGCCAGGAUAAAGUGGGAGCCUUCUGAUCCUCAAAUUAUCUCUGAAGGCCUUUAUGCAAUUGCUGUAGUUUUAAGUUUCUCCAGAAUAGCUUAUAUUUUGCCAGCAAAUGAAAGCUUUGGACCUCUGCAGAUAUCACUUGGAAGAACAGUAAAAGAUAUCUUCAAGUUCAUGGUCAUUUUCAUCAUGGUGUUUGUGGCCUUUAUGAUUGGAAUGUUCAACCUCUACUCCUACUACAUCGGGGCAAAACAAAACGAAGCCUUCACAACAGUUGAGGAGAGCUUUAAAACACUGUUCUGGGCCAUUUUUGGACUUUCCGAAGUGAAAUCAGUGGUCAUCAACUAUAAUCAUAAAUUCAUUGAAAACAUCGGCUAUGUCCUUUACGGAGUCUAUAAUGUCACAAUGGUCAUUGUGUUAUUAAAUAUGUUGAUUGCAAUGAUCAACAGUUCCUUCCAGGAGAUCGAGGACGAUGCUGAUGUGGAAUGGAAAUUUGCAAGGGCCAAACUUUGGUUUUCUUACUUCGAAGAGGGAAGAACUCUUCCUGUUCCCUUCAACCUCGUGCCAAGCCCCAAGUCCCUCUUGUAUCUCUUACUGAAAUUUAAAAAAUGGAUUUCAGAGCUGUUCCAGGGCCAUAAAACAGGUUUCCAAGAGGAUGCAGAGAUGAAUAAGAGAAAAGAAGAAAAGACAUUUGGAAUUUGGGGAAGUCAUGAAGACCUUUCAAAAUUAUCAGCUGACCAAAAACAGCUUGGACAAAACAAACAAUCAAGCAUAAGAAGCUCUGAAGAUUUCCAUUUAAAUAGUCUCAGUAAUCCUCCAAGACAAUAUCAGAAAAUGAUGAAGAGGCUCAUUAAAAGAUAUGUACUGCAGGCGCAGACAGACAGAGAGAGUGAUGGAGUGAAUGAGGGAGAACUAAAGGAAAUUAAGCAGGACAUCUCAAGUCUCCGCUAUGAACUCCUAGAAGAAAAAUCCCAGAACACAGAAGACCUCGCAGAACUUAUCAGAAAACUUGGCGAGAAAUUAUCCUCAGAACCAAAGCAAGAAGAAAACAAUAGAUAAUGAAAGGAUUUCCUUGGAAAUUCGUAUUUAUUUGUCCACUUGAAGCCAUAUUGUUUUCUGAUGAUUUAAGCUGCGAAUGAUUAAAAAAAAAAAAAGGUUCAGUGAUAAUUUGGGUUACCCUAUCAUCUGGAACCUUAAUAUCUAAUAUUUUGGUGAUUAAAUUUCAUCACUUAGCCUAAGGAUUAUGGAUUCUGAUGGAAAUUUUGUCCAGUUAUUUAGUACUUGUUUUACAACCUGCUUUUUGGG